GUUACUCACCAACCUGAUCACAGCUGAGAAACUACUCACCAUAGCAAGUUGAUGUGAACUCGAAUCUGAUUGGCUAAGUCACUGCGACGUGGCACUUACCGGUGGAUGUAAACAGUCACAUUGUUAGUCUUACGCCGUCGUAUAUUUUCUUCAAACUCCAAAUUUAUGUUUCAUUUCGUUCCAAUAUUUUCUGAUUGAGUAUUUAAUUAUUUAUAUACCUAUUUCAUGCAGUUUAUUUUCAUAUUGGAAAAUAAAUCUUGAAAAUUUCUGGACUACUUGUUCGUAACUGAUUUAAAUUGGCUUCGUAACGCGUCAGCUAGGAUUUACCCUAGGAUUCCCCGUUUGACCUCCAACUUCGACCGAUCAUUCGCUUACAGAUAAGUGACAGUAGAAGACCGAACUGAAGGCAGUGUGUGGACGAACGAUUCACCACCCAGAAUCCGACCGAUUUGGACCUGACCAAGACCCUGUGCAGACCCCCAAACUAAAAUGGAGGCCCUGCUCAGCGAUAGCAAGCCCAUGGAUAUGAUUGACUCAGAUUUCAAUUAUUUGUUCGAUUCUGAUGUUUUUCACAAUGUGCCCUUGUCAGAGCAUUUGAGUGACUUACCAUCAGAUCUCUUACAACAUCUCUUUGAUGACGACCCGCUGCUGUCUAGUAAAUGUAUUGGAGAAGAUGGAAGUCUUUCUCCCAACCCACAUAUCCAGACAGACCACAGCUAUUCCAUGACAAACGAAAUAGGCCUACAAUCACCCCUCAUGAAGGAUAUUGAACUUGAAGACUUUGAAGCUAGUGAAAUCGACGUUGAAUUUCCUAUGGCAGAGCAGGAAACUCCAACGGCAAACCCAGUCAAGCAAGAACAAAUCGGUGACAUCAGAUAUAUCCUCCGUGAAGCUGUUCCCAUAACAACUUCCGCUGUACAACUUACGAUUCAGGCUAAACCACACAACGAACUUGCAAAAAUUAAACUGGAACCACAUGACACAGUGAACUUAAUAGACCAAGUACAACUCCCACCAAGCCCACCCAGCAGCAAUAACAGUGACAGUGAAGGGGGUGCUAGCCCCGACAGAUGCAGCUCAGUGUCCUCAGAAUGCCCCAGCCCGACCUACAUUUCACCACUCCCAAGGAAACCGAUAGCGACAACCAGAACAAUCACACAACCUAUGUUUACAAACGUACAGAGGCUUCCGCAAUCAGGACCACUUAUUUUAACGGAAGAAGAAAAACGAACAUUAAUAGCAGAAGGAUACCCCAUUCCAAGCAAACUUCCUCUCUCAAAAGCAGAAGAAAAAGCACUCAAAAAAGUCAGAAGGAAAAUUAAGAAUAAGAUUUCAGCACAAGAAAGUAGAAGGAAAAAGAAAGAGUAUGUAGAAGCAUUAGAAAGAAAAAUGGAACAGUAUACACAAGAAAACACAGACCUAAAGAAGCGAGUUGACUCGCUUGAAAGCAACAACAAAACACUCGUCACACAACUCACAAAACUGCAGUCUAUCGCAAAUAAAAUUUCAAAACCAAUCCGAGCUACUUCCACACAAACAGGCACUUGCCUGAUGGUAUUUGUUUUCUGCUUUGCUGUUUUCCUUGGGAGCUGGUCUCCCUCUUUAAUAUUUAAUCGACCCAGUCAUUCCACAAUUCUUCCUCCCAAUCCGAACUUGAUGAAACACGCUCACUCAAAUGCGCAGCUGAGACUUCCGUAUGGCCCUGCACCUCCUCCGUCGUUUGCCUAUGACCCAUACACAACUCCAAACAUGAAUUCUAGAAUGCUUAUGUCAACAGACGAGGAGAGCAGUGAAACGUUCAGUGAAAAUUAUCCGUACAUGACGCGACUCAACACCCUCGACAAAGUCCUACAGGAGUCUGGAUACAACCACCGGUCAGCACCACAUAAAAUGGUUGCAAUGGAGCCGCCUGGUUUCCCUCUUCCAGAGGUCAUUAUCGAGGAAAAGGUCACAAAUGAUGACAAAUACACAAUCAAUGGAUCCAAGUCACACUUCAGUGCCCACCAGUCCAAUGGUCAGUCUAUAAUAUACACAGAUAUGGAAGCUGAGGUCAUUUCAGUUGAGACAAGAAUCAAUGGUUCCUCCCAAUAAAGGUCAAAGAGGUCAUAGUGUGCAAGAUUAAAAUGUCAGCCUUGAAAUUCUUUUCAUUUAUGAAAUAUUUUCUCCCAAGUCCUGUAUAGUAAAUAGUAUCAAUUUAUGAAUUUUCUUUUGAAAAUAAAACACUGGAUUUUAUGUGGGUCAAGUAGAAAUUAAGUUUCUUAUUUUUUCUCAAGCAGUAUCCAAAUGUAUUAAGAUGUUUUAAAACCAAUCAAAGAUGAUAUUUUAAUCUUGCAAACAAAUUCUAUAUAUUUAAAAGAAUUAUUUUAAGGCCAAUGAACAAAGAAAUAUUUAAAAAAAUAAACAAAAUAACUUUUAAAAGUUUUAUUUAUGCAUGCAUAUAUGUUAAUAUUUUAUUGCUAAGUCUGACAAAGCCACUUCAUUUUUUCACUCAUUUGGGAGGUGAUUUUUUUGUUUUUUUAGAUUAUAAGUAAUUCAUCUGUAAAAUCCAUGUCUUCCAGAAUUUAAUAGACUUGGAAAUUGUUUCCACGAUAACACAAGUCAAAUGAAUUUAAAAUUGUAAAUAGUUUUAAGUAUUAUUUUAAUUCAUUUAUUAGCAAUUGUAUGGAACUCCAUACUGCCAUUACAUUCAGUGCAGAGGUGCACCAAAUAUUUUGUAAAAAGAAAUUUCAAGAAAAAGAAAGAUAUAGUGAAUGCUAACAAGAUUUUAUUUGAAGCUUACCUGAAGAAGUUGCCUUUGAAUUGCUUCAGUUUUUCAUGGCAAAAACAGUAACCAAAAAAAAAUGAACCACUAUAUGAAUUGACAACUUUUUGAGAAUUGUCUAAUAAUAUAUUUCUCUUUGUAAAUAAAAUUGAUACAUAAACAAA